UACAAUUAAUUCAACGUCACAGUCAAAGCACGUAUCAAUUUUGACCAACAUGUCAUCUGGACAAGAAGCAAUUUCUUGUCCAAAUUGUGUGUAUAUGUGUAUAUAGCAAGUACGAGCCAUGUGGGGAAUCACAACCUUAAGCUCGUUGCCGAUGGCGAAGAAGACGACCACCUUCCUCCUCCUCAACUUGUUCAUGGCUGCUCUCUCCACGCUAACGACAGCGGCAGUUUCACCUGCGGUCUUUGUGUUCGGAGACUCCACCGUCGACGUCGGGAACAACAACUUCUUGCCCAGCGAUGCACCGAAGGUCAACUUCCCUCCCUGGGGAAUCGAUUUCCCUGGAAGAACUCCCACCGGGAGGUUCAGCAAUGGCUUCAUUUACUCCGAUUAUAUCGCCAAAGCAGUAGGCUUAGAGGAGUAAACUUCGCAUCUGGCGGGGCAGGGAUUCUCUAUUCCUCAGUUAAGUCUUCGGUGAUGAGAUUGAUACGGUGUCGUGGACUACAGUCAGUGACUAUAUUUGAUGACCUGAUGGUGGAAGGACGCAGAUGUGAUCGCCAUGGCGACACAGAUUGAAGACUUCGAGCAGGUUGCGGCGAACCUAACGGAAAGAUUAGGGAAGAAGUCUGCUGCUGUCUUCCUCGAUAAGUCUCUCUUUUACUUGAGCGUUGGGAGCAAUGACGUCUUCACGCUGUAUUCUCUUCUCAAUCCUGGGAACAGCACUCAGAAGGAUGAAGCCGUCGUUCCUGUAAUCAGCAAGUUCAAGCAUCAAUUAGAGACUGCCACAAAGGCCAUCCUGGAGGAGAUCAGCAUGUCAUUGAAGGGAUUCGAGCACUCGUUUGCAGAUUCAUAUGAAAUGGUCACUAAAAUCUUCUAUCAUCCCCAAGAAUUUGGGUUUACGGAGCUCAAAGCUGCGUGCUGUGGAGGUGGGAGAUUGAACGCGGAGUCUGAUUGCCUGCGGAACUCCACAUACUGCAGCAACCGUGACCAAUACGCCUUCUGGGACUUGAGUCAUCCUUCCCAGGCUUUGUCCAAAACGAUCGCCCAGCUGUCACUUUACGGGCCGCCAUUGUUCGCCAACCCCGUCAACAUUCAUCACCUGGUGAAGAGUUAGAACCACUGGAGUGGAGUGUUUUCUGCAGCAUCUUUGAACAACUUGGUCUGAGAAUAAACUCGCCUUCUUCUUUUGUGUGACGCACUUGUAAUGAGGAGGGAAGGUGUUUGAUGAAUAAGAUCUUUAUGGCGGUUCUUCUUCUAUUGUGAAA